UGUUGAAGUGAAACACGGGUGACUAAAGCUCGAACGCCGUUUGAGAUGACAGUUUUCUAAACCAAAGAUAAAUCGCUAUUUAUUCGCUAUUGUUCAAUUGUUGCUGUUGCAAUAGAGAAUGAUAACCACAUAGCUAGGCUACAGUCUUCAAGUUCGGUAUGGAACUGUCCUGUUUUCCUGUUCCUGUGUUGAUUGGAGACGACAGCCUGCAGACCUGGUGUGUGAUUGGCUCAGGUGGUUUUGGACAGAUCCACAAAGCCAGACACGUAGAAUGGGGCUUGGAUGUAGCCAUCAAGUUGUUACAUUGUAAUGAUGGCUCUAGCUCGUCUCUACUGAGAGAGGCACAUCUCAUGCGCCAGGGAGGGAGCCCCUAUGUCCUCAGGAUUCUGGGCAUUUACCAGGGUCAUCCCCCCGUCGCUGGGCUCUCCUCCCAGCUGGGCCUGGUCAUGGAGUUUAUGGAGAGGGGGUCUCUGGCGACCCUCCAGGAACAUCUCUCCAGCCCCCCACCCUGGCCUCUGUCCUUCCGUCUGGCCCAUGAAGUGGCUCUGGGCAUGAACUUCCUCCACCACCUAAACCCGUCACUGCUGCACCUAGACCUGAAGCCCAACAAUGUGCUGUUGGAUGACAGCCUUCACGCCAAGCUGACAGACUUUGGCCUAGCCAGAGUUUACCAUAGCCUUUCCAAAGCAAACAGGAAGGACAUGGGAGAGGAGGUCGGAACACUAAGUUAUAUGCCACCCGAGUCUUUUGACAUAAAGUACAAGCCCACUCGAUCUUCAGAUGUCUAUAGCUACGGAAUACUGCUUUGGUCCAUUAUCACUGGUGAAGAGCCCUACCGCUAUGUCCUGCCGAGUAUUGUGAGGUUCCGGAUCCCACAGGGGGAUAGACCCCCUUUGGAGUCAGUGAACACAGAUCAGGCAGAAGGGCUGGUGGAUCUAGUGGGCCUCAUGGAAAGAUGCUGGCAUCAGAAGCCCACCGAGAGACCCUCAUUCUUGGACUGCCUUGCUGUGACAGAGAGGGUGUAUGAGAAUCACAAACAAGGGAUUAAUGACGCUGUCUAUCAAGUGAAGAAAAUACUGGAUUCAGGGAGUAUUACAUCAGCUGUCAGUAACCUUCGGCUUUCCCCUGGAUCACAGCCACCAGUAUGUCCAGUGGUCCCUCAAUAUGUGCACACGGGACCACCCCCAACACAGGAAACAGCUGGUGGUUUGACCGCGAAGCAGAAACCCAAAGGUACAAAGCAUUCGUUACCUUAUCCAACGACCGUGUCAAGUGCAGAUCAAAAACCUUCAACCAAUCCGAAAUCAAAGAUAUCACCCCCCUUACCCCAACAAAUAGCUUCCCUCUCUGCAUCCAGUCAAAGUCCAGCUGGACCAUUACAGCGCCAGCAUUCCACUCCAGUUCCUGCAUCCCAUUCCACAGGUGGAACCGGCAUCUUUAUGAGCAAUGUAACGGGACUUCAGAUUGGUAACAACAACCACAUGUACAUCGGAACGGUACCACACAGAAAACGUCACCGAAACCCAACAGCACCAUCUUCUGUUAACUUACCAGGAGCACAGCCAAGGAGCACCAAAGGUCCAGAGCCGUCAUGAAAUUUGGAACACUCCUACUGUACCUUUAUGCCAGUGUAAGGGCUCCCAAUGGAAACAGGGACCACCUCUCACCCUUUGUCUUGUCUUAAACUGUCACUCCAUCUGUUAAAACAUGUUUGGGAAGAAAACAUAAAAUACAGAGCUUGACUCGACAAGCUGUGAUCCUUUGACUAAUUUCUUUCUUAACAUUUUUCCUUUCAGAUUUUUGUUAGAUUUGCUCCUUAGAUUGGUCUGAGGUGGAUGACCGUUCUCUCAUUUUUUAUUUUUUUUAUAUGUUGGUACAAAUGUCAGCUAAUGACAAAUGUUACAUUGUAUGUAUUACUUUUUAAAUAAAAGCUAUAUAUUUCUA